AUGCCGCCCAAGCAAAGCCGCUGGCGCAGUAUUGCGCGCAAGCAGAGCUGCCCACGCAUAAGCACGCUCGAGCAGAGCCGCCUGCGCAGGAAUGCGCUUAAGCGCAUUCCGCUUGGGCAGGCUCUCGGCCUGAAUGAUAUGACCUGGAUAGAGGAAGCCACGUGCCAAUCGCUGCUGUCAGGGGCCAGCACCUCCAAAAACAGUGUUCACAGUGGCAAUUCAGGAUCUCAUUCAUCGACUGUCCUCAAUAGAUGCAGCAGUCAGGAAACCCACCCGAAAUAUUCAUAUUCUUGCCAAAUCCAUGCCAUGACUAGAGAAACUAGUCCUUUCGACUUUUCUUUUCGCCACGAACGCAGGAAAGGAUGCUGGAGACACAUCAGUGGCUAA